AUGUCGUUCAAGUCACCUGAUGCAGCUGUCUCUGCUCUAUGUAACAAACUGCCCACUGGCUCUUUCGAUAAAGCCGCCCUCGACGCGCAGGUGGCGCAAGUCCUGGAGACUACGCCAAGUAGCUCAUCCGCCGAAUUGCGCCGGGCGAAGUGGGAACUGGCGCUCAAAACGAAUAUAUUUGAUCUUGCGAUGAACGAAGGCCGUGCCUUGAAGGACCCAGGGACGAAGUACUACGACGAGAUGAAGCACCGGUUCGAUGUCUCGCUCUCCUUCUUGCAACAAGAUGCUUGCGACUCGUCUUUCAUGCUCACUCUACUCGAGGACCUUCUUCAGUCUCAGUCUAUCACCUCUUGCGCGCGUAUCUUUACCUGGGUAGAAGCGCAUGCUCGCGCUCUCACGUCUGGAAUGCACGAAACGAAGGGGAAAUCUCUUGUACUUCUACGAACCUUGAAUAACCUGCUGCGACGACUGAGCAAGAUGGGCGCGGAUCCUGUCUUCAGCGGACGCAUACUGGCCUUCUUGAGUGCCGUAUUCCCUCUCAGUGAGAAGUCCGGUGUCAACCUGCGCGGCGAGUACGGACCGGUUUGGGAAAGCGUCGAUGCCUCCGUUGAGAGGCAGGAAGAAGAAGCGGAGAAGGCGGAGGCGAUGAAGACUGACGAGGUGGAGGGUGCAGAGGAGAAGAAAGAGGAUGCGAUGCAAGUGGACUCGCCUGAUAAGGAGGAGCAAAACAAGAAAGAUGCGUUCUACAAGGUCUUCUGGUCUCUUCAGCUACCGUUCUCACGACCACCUGUCUUCGCCGGUAUCUUGUCAAUGGCAGACUUCCGGACGGCCGUCGAAGCUGUACUUCCACGAUUGAAGGAGGCUACAGCACACGACCGUGCUCUAGCAGGUGGAAAGGCAGGCCACGAAAGCAGCGCAACAACGUCGGGUACGAAGCGCAAACGUGCGAGCGACUCACCCGACGCUCCGGGUGUCAGCGAUUACUUCUUCGCCAAGUUCUUGACGAGCCCGGAACUACUGGAUCUCGAGAUUGCAGAUGUACACUUCCGGCGGCAGGUCAUCUUCCAGUUACUCGUACUCUUGCAACACCUCGACGCAUGGACGCCCACGGCCAAAGCGGCAUGGUGUAACACCAAGAACCGCUCGCUACAGUUUGACUUCACGCUCCAGCCCGAUGACGCGACCUGGGUCUCCGACGUCCGUACGCGUCUGGCCGGCGAGUUGCGCUCCUCUGUACCAGCCGGCGGCGUCUUCGCCGAGACGGUUGCAGUAGUGCUCGAGCGCGAGCGGAACUGGAUACGGUGGAAGAACGAGGGUUGCCCGCCGUUCGAAAUGCCUAUCAGAGAAGUCGGGAUUGAGGAGGAAACGAAGGAGGCGAGAAAGAGAAUGAAGGCGGAGCGGGAAGGCAAAGAGGGCGCGCCGAGAUAUGGGAGUGCGGCGCUGAAGGAUCUGUGGGAGAACGGGUUCAAGGAGCUCAGCCAGUUGGAGGUCAUGAUGCGAUCAACGGACGAUAUCCACGGGUACACGAAAACCAUAAAGGCCCAGGACAAACUCAUCGACAUGAUGAAAGCCCGCCUCCCCCCUCCACCUACGGACGGUACGCCGGCACCAAAGCUUCCCCCACGCAUAGCAGCGCAGAUUGAGGGUGCGGAGGCAAUGAAGCUGAAGACGGCAUGGCUCGCGAUGCGCGCUGCGCGUGGAGCUCACUACGGGAUGCUGCAACAUGCCGGAACCGGAGACGUUGUAGCGCUGGAGGCGGCCAUUGAGAAGGCUGAAGCGGACGAGAAGGCGAGGGCGGAUGCAGAGGAUGUCGACAUGAAGGGCGAUCUUGAUGAAGAAGUGAAAGAGGAGAACGGGGAUGUGGUCGAUGCUGGUGAUGGGGAUCCGCAAGAGGUUGAGGAGAUGAAGGCAGAGGGUGCGGCUGUGGAGAGUAUGAAGGAUGUAGAGAUGGCCGAAGGUGAAAAGGACGUGACCCGCAGUGCGGAAGUGGCGGCGGCAGGACUUCAAGGGCAGUAG